AAUAAUAUCAUUUUAUUUUUGGAUUCAGUCAAUCUUGAACAAUUUUGAGCUAAACCGAAAAUGGUGCAAAGCCGGAAAGAGUGGAUCAAGGCAUUCAAGCAUCUAUUAGUUUUCAGUUGUUGCAGAUUGUUUAAUUUCGUUACAUUUGAGUGAACUAUUAAGGUCUAUAGAGUAAGGAGAAAAGGUACUAGCACAACCCUUCAUGUUUUUCAUUGCUGGCUUUGUAACUACUACGCUGGCAUUAACUCAUACUCUCUACGAACUGGCUCUCAACCCAGAGGUGCAAGAAAAAACGAGAAAAGUAGCACAGGAGAUGGUUAAUGAUUAUGAGGAAAUCUCAUAUGAAGCACUGAUGGAUAAGAAGUAUGCUUAUAUGGAUAUGCUCUUGAAUGAAACGCAUAGAAAAUAUCCAGCACUCUCUUACUUAGACAGAGCUUGUACAGUAGACUACAAAAUACCAGGCACAAACUAUGUGUUGAGAAAAGGAGAUCGGAUAAUUAUACCUACCUAUGGACAUAACUUUGAUGAGAACUAUUUUCCAAAUCCUGAGAAGUAUGACCCUGACAGAUAUUUGAACAGGCUUAACCAGGAUGGACUAUAUUUCUUGCCUUUUGGGGAAGGACCUAGAGCUUGCAUAGGUGAAAGAUUUGCAAGUCUCAACUUGAAAGUUGCCCUGACGAACAUCUUGACUAAUUUCAGCGUCGAGAGACUACCAGACACACCAGAAAAAAUUACGAUCAAUCCAAAGGCGUUUGGUAUCCAACCAAUAGAAAGACUGAAUGUCCUGUUUAAGCCAAUCAAGUAGUUUGGCGAGAAUUGUUUUAGGUUUUAGUUUAAACAUGUAGUAGUUAAACUUACUUCUAGCUGCUUUCAAGCAUACGUGUAAAAAACGAUUUUGUGAAUUGGAAAUACACUGGAAAUUUGAAAUCAAAAUAUGUAAGGAAAUAUGUCAAUGCCUAUGUGAGCUAUUAAAAAAGAUACUUGAUAUAUUAUGAUUAUGGUUUGGUAUUCAUAUCCAGGUUCUAAGUAAGUUCACAGUGAAACCAUGGGCUUUUCUCUUCUUAGAAAAAAUUUUAUCUUUAACACUGGAACAGUUUUUUUAAAUCCAUUUUUCAAGGAUACUGUAGUGUAUCCUAGUUAUUUGUUCAUGUGUUGGAACAAAGGAUUUGUCAUUCGUCCAGUGAAAGAUAACUUGUUUAGAUCCUCUGGACUUCCCGCAAGAGGGAUCAGACAAUAAGAUUUAAUUUUUAUUUGGGAUACUCUUAACAUAUCAAACUGUCAAUGGAUUGGAUAUUUUUGUCACAUUUGUUCGAAGCCUAAUCUCCAUGGCAGAAGUGGGUCACACUCUAAUGACGGAAUGUUGAAGAAUUACCGCUUUGGCGUGAAAUUUCAAGUUUCAAGUUUGAAGGGCACUAAAAUAUUUUUUUUUGGCGAAUACCCCAAACUACAAUGUUCACAAUAUUGAAAAAUAAAAUAAAAAUAAAAAUAAUAUAUUUUAUGAGUAUCUUUUAUGUACUUGGGAAUUGUGUUGGCAUUUUAAAUUUGGUCCUUUACAUAGGGGAUCCUCAGGUCAUUCUACACAAAUAAAUAAACAAACUUCAUAUGAAAAUGAAAU